CUAGACCUCGGCGUCCACCUUGCCCUGUACCCGCACCUGCAGCGCUAUCGUUGCCGGGAGCUGGUCUCCGAAGACGCCUGGUGCCGCGGCCCCUGGCCUGCCCCAUUGCUCCUCCUGGCCAUCAAGUCGCACCCGGCGUCCUGGGAAAGGAGAGCUGUCCUGCGCCGCACCUGGGCCCAGCAGAGGCCGAUGGACGGCUUCUUCCUCCAGCCCGUCUUCCUGGUGGCCACGGCCUCCGAAGACAGCCUGGCCCAGGCGCUGAGGCAGGAAAUCCAAGUGUUCGGGGACGUCCUGUGGUGGGACUUUGGGGAGUCGCCCCGAAACCAGUCCCUGAAGGAGCGCUGCUUGCUGCAAUGGGUCCACAACCACUGCCAGGGAGUGGCCUAUGUCUUCAAAGCGAACGACGACAUCUUUGUGAACCCCUAUGAGCUGACGCAGUACCUGAAGGAGAUCCCCAGAGUGUCCGACUUCAUCCACGGGAACCUGGCCAACGAGGAGCCUGUCGUGAGGACGGGGGAUGCCGCGGUGCCCUGCCUCCUCUACCCGCUGGAACACUACCCGCCGUUCAUCACGGGGGGAACCAUCCUGCCCGGAGCCUUGAUCCCGGAGCUGUACCGAGUCUCCCUGCAGCUCCCCGUCUUCCCUCUCGACGAGGCGUAUUUGGGGUUCCUGGCCUUGGCGGCCGGCAUCACCCUUCGCCACGAGGGGCGCUUCCAGGUGCGUGGCGUCGUCAAGGACGAGCCCGAAGCGUACAAGGAGUCCCUGACCAUCCACGGAGUCUCGAUGGAGAGGAUGGAGGAAGUGUGGAAGGAGCUCUGGGACUGAGCCAAACAUUUUAGGCGCACCCCCAAGGGGAUGGGACUUGAAUUAGGUACAUACCCCAGUUUCAUGGUUUGGGCUCAGGUGUCUAGGGUGCCCCCCCAUCCCCCACAGAGGGGCUGGCCGGUUUAAUAGCCUUCUUGUUCAGAGUUCUUUAAAGUUACCCGGGUUGAACGGUGGCGUUGCGACAGCCCAGAAGCCUCCCUUCGCUCCUCAGAGUGGACUUGGAGCAGAUAGAAUCCAGGAAUCAUCCAUUUUGCUCCCAUUCCCCCCCCCUCCUGAUGGUGGAGGGGGGCUGGGUUCAAUUCUGCACUGCUGCAAGUGCCUGCUCCUGGUGAGGAACAGGCCCCCGCUGCUGAAGCAGCAAGAUUCAACCCCUGAUCGACAGGCACGGGUUCAAAUCCUGCUCAGUUUGGCUGCGGGUUCGUGUGUCCCGUCUUCCAAGCUGCAAAUGUCAUAAAGCCGACACAACAGGGAGGGCCAGAUUUU